AUGAAAUCACUCAUCCAUUUACCCGAGGAUGUUAUACGAUGUGUCUUCGAGUUUCUCUCACAUCUCGAUUUGAAAGUGUGGUGCCUCGUCAGCAAACGCUUUCGUCGUCUUGCAGAGCCAUGGCUCUACAAUAGGAUUGAGUGGCACUGGAAAGCGUUGCGGGCAGGCCGCGGGCCUCCUAUUGUCCCGCUCCUGCGGAACAUCCUCUCCAGACCCGAGUUAUCUACAUACAUCCGAAGCAUUUCUAUCCACGGAUAUGACGAGUUUCAUCCUCUCAACGAAGCUCCAUUUGAAGCUCCCAUCAGCGAAGGCGGACUGGGUGAAAUCGUCGAGUAUAUCAAAGGAACCGGAGUGCCUUAUGAGGACCUAUGGAUUCAUUGUCUCUUGUCUGACAAGUUGGAUGCCUAUCUCUCUGUCCUCGUAUCGCGCCUGUCAAAUUUGACAUCUCUACGCGUCGAUACAAUUUGGGCUCGGGAAAGUCGCCUUCUUGGCAUGGUGGUUAGGAGCGCUCUCUUUCAAUCUUCGAACCAUGGCUUUUCGACACUUCGGCAUCUUCAAGAGCUAUCCUUUUUUUGCGAAUGGGGUACCGCCCACAGGAGAGAUCCUGGACAAGAAAACACGGCAGAUAUCUUGCCCUUUUUCUAUCUGCCAGGAAUCCGACGACUCACGGCCACAAUCGACAAUCCGAUCGCGUUCACAUGGCCAAUCAAGAAGCCUGAUGCCUCGAACCUGACAUUUCUCAGUUUGAAUCAUAUCCGAGAAGUUCAUCUUGUUAAACUGCUAUCGGCCACGAAAAACCUCAAGACCCUCGAGUGGCAGUGGUAUUACCACCCCAAUGCAACGGGCGAGACCAGGUGGCCUAUUGUUGACCUUGAACAAAUCAGCUUUGCCCUAUUUCAUGUCCGAGACACCCUGACGAGCCUAUGCAUUUCGACCCGGAAAGGCGAAUGGGGCGUGGCUCCUCUUGAAAUACAUGGCUCGUUGAAAACGCUUGUUGGCUGCUCCAAGCUGCAACGACUUGAAAUCCCAUUGACACUUCUCCUGGGAUUUUCACCUCCAUACAAUCGACUGGAAGAUAUCCUUCCAAAUAGCCUUGAAUAUCUCACCAUUACCGAUGGCCUACGGAAUGACCCAGGAAAUAAGGGAACAGAAUAUGACUAUUUAUGUGCCAUUCGGCGCUGGCUACGGAAUAUCAGAAAGUCAACGCCCAACUUUUGCGAAUUGAUUUGGCCAACGGGAUAUGGGUGGAAGAAGGGACAAAGUGGGCUUUGGGGCCAAGUCGGCGUGGAGGAUGACGGCUCCGACAUGACUUUUUCGGCUAUUGAAGUCAUUGUUGCCUUCGACGACUAG